AUGGCAUCGUUGGAAGGAACGAAUAUUUUAAAACAUGCGCCAGAGAUAAUAGAGUCCAAUUCGAUAGCCACUGGGAAAAAUUAUGUAACUAAUGUAACAUUCUCUCAACAGAGAGAUUUUCCUUCUCGCACCAUCAAAGUGCCAAUAUCGGAAUUAUUGGAUGCAAUGGUGCGAAAUGCGUUAAACAUAAAUGCACCUGCUAGACGCAGCUUGACUCAUCUCCAGACCAACAAAUAUUUAUUAAAGGCUUUUAGACAAAGAAAAGCGAAGCCGAUGAAAACUUCAGUUGCUAGAGCAAAACAUUCAGUGGAACAUGUUCUGCGGGGUUUAACUAGACAAACACGAAGUGCAUCAAGAAGUGAAAGUGUGCAAUCGCUUAUGCAACUAAGCAGGGACACUAGUUCGGCGUUGGAUGCACUAGACCAUGAAUACAUCAGAUGCAAGAAAUCUAAUGAAAAAAAAUUAUCUUGUACAGAUGUUUAUGCUAGAGUCAAGGACAUGCUCGAUGAAUUUGCCACAAAGAUAUAUGAAAUGAAGGCGCUUUUGGAAAAUAGGGGACUUUUUGAAACGACUCAAACCGCCAUUGGAUAUUCGAAUCCGAAUCCAAACGUGUUGACAACCACUUCUGCGAAGGAAUACGUUGCAGCUUUAUCUACUACAAAAGAUCUGUCUACACAACGCAUGUUUCUUGAUUCAACAACUGCUGGACCUGAUUCCGCAAAGAAAUUUUCCGAUAGCCCAGCGAAACCAAUUGAAAGCAAGAUGGGGAAUAAAAUUCCAGAGAAGUAUCAGGUGGAGAAUAGUAAAGAAAACGAAAUAGCGUUUGGUGAACAAUCUGCAACCAAACUGGAGGCUCCCCUUCCAGUGGGUAACAGACAUCCACCUAUACACGAAGACCUUCCAGGAGAAUUUAAUGUAAAGAUGACUGAAUUGUUUAGGGAAGCAGAUGGACUCCCGGUUCCAUUUCACGUACAGUCGCGUCAUUUCGUAGAGCCAAGUGAAAUUCGCAGCAAACCUGAAUUAUUCGACUUUUCAGAUAAUGAUGGACGAUAUAUGAGUCGCCAAGAACCGCAUCCAAGACAAUCUAUUGGAGCUAGCGGGCCUUUUAUGGAACUAUGUGAUAAGCUUCAAAAUAAAGCUGGAGCAACGAACACCAAAAAUAAAUUGCCCGCAGGAUCCGCGUUCAUGUCUAACCCCACUACACAAUUCACGAGUCAUGGGUCAACGACCGUCCCUGUCACUGGCGAAACUAUGAAAGCUUCAGCCCAAAUCGUAUACAAUCCAGGUUUUGGAAUGAUGCAAGCGCCAACAUGUGUUAAUCCUGCAGGAGUUGUUGUUGGAACUUUACGUGCACCGGCCAAUCAGUUUUUCAUGCAGCCGAUGAACUACGGCGUUACUGGAUUUUCUGGAUAUUUUCCUGUGAAUCAAGCAGGUUAUCUGUUUACUCCAAUGGCAGGAUCCUAUCCCCAACAUACUGUCGGCGCAGGUCAAUUUUUAACUAUUGCAGGAAACAUGGCAAAUCUGCCACAAAGGAAUAUUCAGCCGUCUCAGCUUCCGUUCUACGCAUAUAGCUGUAUACCGAAUGCUCCUAUGCCGCAAAGCCAAACCGUGCAGCCAUCCUUUCGACACGAUUUCACGGGCCUAAAUGCUCAAAAAGCUCCAAUAGACCAUGAUCACCCCGACAAUAUUCCGCAGGAAACAGAUAUAAUCUAUUCUAUCUACGGGCGUCAGGCUUUUCCCACCCAAAAUGAUACGAAUCGAAACUCUGGUAAACCUUGCCAGCAAAAUCAAAUUAAAUGCACCGGAACCAGUGAAUGCAUUGCUCGAGAAAGCUGGUGUGACGCAAAGGUUGAUUGCGCAGACUCCAGUGAUGAAAUAUCAUGCACUUGCAAAUCUCGCUUAGUGAGAUCAAAAAUAUGUGAUGGGUAUGCAGAUUGUCCUAUGGCCGAGGAUGAAUUGGGAUGCUUCGGAUGCGAUAAGUUUCAGCUGACAUGUUAUAAUGACGUUGAAGAAUUUAACUUGAGGCAUAGGUCCACUGUAUCAAUGUGUUACAAUAUCCAUGAGAAGUGUGAUGGUUCAGCCCAAUGCUUGAAUAAGAAGGACGAGCAGGACUGCAACAUGAUUGUGGGGCUUCUUGGACAUCAUUUGGCAUAUACCACUUCAUUUACUGAAGGAAUAUUACACCGAAAUUAUAAAGGCAAAUGGUAUCCUGUAUGUAACCAUCCUCUUGCUUGGGCAAGGGAAGCGUGCGCGGUGGAACUUGGUUAUUUGGAUAGUGAGCCGUUUGUAUCUCAUGUACCUGGUGAGAUUCCAGGGCAAUUUAUUCAACCGCGGAUUUCGAAGCAUGGUCUCGAGAAUGUAGAGCCGCCUAUCAUCCUCGAUGCCUGCCCUCCUGGUGUAGGAAUUCAGACUCCACUUAUGACAUAUGUAAAGUGCCCCCCCGUGAAAUGUGGCACGACGAGAAAAAAGAACUCUACCCUUGCCGUUACACGUGUUCGUCGUUUAAAUCUCGACAGUGCUACACCUGAAACAGCAGAAGGCCGUGUUGUUGGUGGCAAGCCUUGCGAACCAAUGCAAUAUCCAUUUGUAGUGGGACUUUAUAAAGACGGAAAUUAUCACUGCGGAGGUAUUAUCUACAAUGACCACUGGAUCGUCUCUGCCGCCCAUUGCUUAAUAGGUUUCGAAAUUCAUUAUUAUGAAGUUCGAGUUGGUAUGCUUAGGCGCUUUAGUUACUCACCUAUGGUACAAACUCUCAAGAUAACUCAUGUGGUCAUACACGAAAGAUAUAAUCGAACGACUAUGGCAAACGACCUUUCACUAAUUCGAACAGAAGACCCAAUACGUUUCAACAGGUGGGUUCGGCCAAUAUGCAUGCCUGAUAUAACGCGACCAUCUCUUGGUCCUGAUUGGAUUUGGACUCCGCCUGAAGGAACAAUUUGUACUGCUGUUGGCUGGGGAGCAAUAGUGGAAGACGGCCCUAAUCCGGAUGAACUUCAACAAGUAAAAGUGCCAGUUCGCAGAUGUAAACACACAACUGAUAUCCAAAGCUUGAAUAUUUGUGCCGGUGAUACGGAAGGUGGGAGAGAUGCUUGCCAAGGAGAUUCGGGCGGUCCUUUCUUUUGCAAAGAUCAAACAAAUCCAGAUCAAUGGUAUUUAGCUGGUGUAGUAAGUCAUGGGUUAGGUUGUGCCCGACCUGACGAGCCUGGAGUUUAUACUCGUGUCUCUUUUUACUUGGAUUGGAUCGACAGCAUUGUCUCGUCCAGAAACCUGAAUUUUAAAAGACCACAAUUAGUAUGCCCCGGAUAUACCUGCAUCUGGGGCGGUGCGUACUGCAUUCCGAAACAUUGGAAAUGUAACAAAAUUGUCAACUGUUUGGGUGGUGAGGAUGAGGCUGAUUGUGGACUUGUAAGUUUACAACGGACAAUGAAUGAUACUGACGGCUCAAGCACUGAGCCAACCACGCCUUUGUCUGCAGAAUUUUUGCGUACUACAAGAAGUGCGAAUAAAACGUCGAUCGUUGAAUCUUUUACAAUGAACGUGGUGGAUCCUCUUAGUGAUUUAAUGGAUAUUUCCACUGAAAGAAUAACAACAGACUUCCUCCUUGGUGAAACGCAUCACCCAUUAUAUAUGGACCUCAAAUCCAGCAAAUUGAAUGGAUCUCUCAAAUUCAGUUGCAGGAAAAUUCGACAAACAGUGAAUGCAAACCUAAGAUGCGAUAGAAUUCGUGAUUGUGAAGAUGGGACCGACGAAGAGGGAUGUUCUUGCAAAGAUUACUUCAAGGGAAAUCAUACGGACUUACUGUGCGAUGGUAGGAUCGAUUGUAAUGAUCUUUCAGAUGAAAGCGAUUGCGCAUGCAGCACUGCAGACUUUAAAUGUCCUUUGUCACGAUCCUGCAUAAGCCGAUCGGCUCGCUGUGACGGAAAGGUGGAUUGUCCACUCAAAGAAGACGAGUUAGAUUGCUUUGCCCUUACAGGUGGUGACUCGGUCCAAUUGGACGCUACAUUUCGGCCUAGUCUUCGCGCCAAUGGCUUAUUUGUGAGAAAUCAGGCAGGCGUUUGGGAGCUCGUGUGUGACGAGGAAGUUGGUUUUUCCAACGAAAGUGCAGAACUAGCUGGCAAAGUGUGCGUAUUGCUGGGCUUCAGAGGCUACAAAAGUUACAACUUUACUAGGAUGACAACAGACAAAUUUAAGCAGUGGAACCGGAAAACGGCUCCUCCACCUAUACACAAGCAUCGUUACAUUCGCAAACACGUUUUGGCGCGCGAUGUCGUAUCAUCAACAUUCGACACUCCGGAAAUCACGGAGUUGCCCUCUAUCGAUGAACACCCGCAAAUGAUUUUUCACGAAGGAAUCAUCGUUGGUGAAGAAAGUGUAAUGAUUAAUGCCGAACCAUGCAAAGCUUUGUUCGUUGAGUGUGAGCCUUACCCUGGAAAUAAUUUUGGUUUGAAUAUUGGAUCACACUUUCUGAGCUUCAAAAAUUUAUUGCUGACGAACACUAGUUCGGACAACAACCCUGAUGGAAGAAUAGACACUAAAUUGGAUUUUGGAAAUGACUUCACGGCGAAGAGCAGCGAAAAUGUGGAACGUCCAAUGGAUGGUCUCCUGAAAGCGCCCUGGACGGUUCAUAUAUUUUUGAACGGGAGUUUUCGCUGCGUUGGUGCUCUACUCGACAAUUAUUGGAUUGCAGCGGAUUCGACGUGUAUUGGCGGCGUCAGCGUUGACGAUAGUAUACACAGUUCCAAUAUGGAAAUAGAAAGGAUAGAUUGCGCACAGAAAAUCGAAGGGAGCAACCUAGUUUUGCUGCAUUUAGAUGAACUCAUUCCUUUCAAUCGGGAUAUUUUGCCAACAAAAUCUAUUCAAAGUUCCCGCAUCUCCAACUCGUCGGAAUGUGCUUCAAUCAUUUGGGGAGGUUCAUUAUUUCGCUCCUUCAAUUGGAUAACCGAAGCAAUGGGUGACACAAAGUGUGACAAGGAAAGAUUUGCUUGUUUUAAAUUGAAAGGGGUCGAACCUGAAUAUUGGAAUGAUUCCAACACGACUCUCUAUGGACUAAUUGCAUGCAAACAUAAUGAAGUAGGAUGGUUUCCAGGAGGAUUCUUUAAUACUAAUGCAGCCAACUACAACAAUGAGACCUUAAUUCCAGUUCAAACACUUGAAACUUUCUCAGCUUCCGUUCAAAAGACAAUCGGAAGUUCGCAUUGUCCAGUGUCUUAUCCUCCCCCGCCAUGUCCAACACACCGAUGCUCGUUAGGGAAAUGUUUACUGGAGGAAGAGGUUUGUAAUGGAAUUCUGGACUGUGGAAUAGACGACGGAGACGAAAACGAUGAAAAGUGUGACGUUCUUCUGAAAAGAUGUCACUUCUCUGAGAUGAAAUGUCCAAAUGGCAAGUGUGUUUCCAAGUCCAAAUUCUGCGACCAUGCUAAUGACUGUGGUGAUUGGUUUGACGAGCCCAGUAGGUGUUCCUGUCUCACAUAUCUGAGGGUAACCGACUCAUUGCGGAUAUGUGACGGAAUUCGCAACUGCUGGGAUAAGAGCGACGAAGACCCGAACAUGUGCAAUUGCACCUCGACGUCUUUUAUGUGCGGCAGUUCCAAUCAAUGCGUUCCUACAGAAUUUGUGUGUGACGAGAAAACAGACUGCCCAAAUGGCGAGGAUGAGAGAUUCUGCUUAGAAACGACUCAUCCCCGACAACGUCAUGACAGGGAUGGAUAUCGGCAAGUGCUGGAAAGAAACUACGGAGUGUGGCAUACAAAGUGUUUUAGUCGGUCUCUACCACCCAACGUAAGCGACGUGGAGAAAAUUUGCCACCAGUUGCCAGGUGGAAGGCCAUCAGACAACCCUUUAUUUAGGUUGAUUGAAUUUGAUGGUAAGAAUGAUUCCGCACUAAUCAGCGCUUAUGGAGAGCCUACGAAGCUUAUAAUCACUAACAAAUUCUCCGAGUUGAAAGUGAAUGAUGGUAUAACGUUACAUAUCAAGCCAAGUAGAAGCUUAGCCCAGCCUACGGACUGGACUGCAGAAGAUAAACGGACAUGUUACAUGCUGGAAAUUAAAUGUUAA